CUGCUGUUUUAAGUUGAGUGAAACUGAAAUGUGGUGCAGUUCCCGAGCUGACAGGCUACAGGAAUAACACAGUUUGUAUCUUGACACAACUUUUAUCAGUUUAAGGGAAACUUGGGACUUUUCAUGGACUUCAGGAGGGUGAAAUGGAGCAGAAAGGAGUUGAGCUGGAGCGGGAAUCCUUCUCUUGUUCCGUCUGUCUGGAUCUACUGAAGGAUCCGGUGACUAUUCCCUGUGGACACAGCUACUGUAUGAGCUGCAUUAAAACCCACUGGGACAAAGAGGAUGAGAAGAGGAUCUACAGCUGCCCUCAGUGUAGACAGACCUUCACACUGAGACCUGUCCUGGUGAAAAACACCAUGUUGGCUGAUUUAGUGGAGCAGCUGAAGAAGACUGGACUUCAAGCUGCUCCUGCUGAUCACUGCUACGCUGGAGCUGAAGAUGUGGCCUGUGAUGUUUGUACUGGGAAAAAACUGAAAGCUGACAAGUCCUGUUUGGUUUGUUUGGCCUCUUAUUGUGAGAAACACCUCCAGCCUCAUUAUGAAUCCUCUGCCUUUGAGAAGCACAAGCUGGUGGACCCCACCAAGAAGCUCCAGGAGAACAUCUGCUCUCGUCAUGAUGAGGUGAUGAAGAUGUUCUGCCGCACUGAUCAGCAGUGUAUCUGUUAUCUCUGCUCUGUGGACGAACAUAAAGGCCACGACACAGUCUCAGCUGCAGUAGAAAGGACGGAGAGGCAGAGAGAGCUCGAGUUGAGUCGACAAGAAAUCCAGCAGAGAGUCCAGGACAGAGAGAAAGAUGUGAAGCUGCUUCAACAGGAGCUGGAGGCUCUCAAUGGCUCUGCUGACAAAGCAGUGGAGGACAGUGAGAAGAUCUUCACUGAGAUGAUCCGUCUGGUGGAGAAAAGAAGCUCUGACGUGAAGCAGCAGAUCAGAUCGAAGCAGGAAACUGAAGUGAGUCGAGUCAAAGAUCUUCAGGAGAAGCUGGAGCAGGAGAUCACUGAGCUGAAGAGGAAAGACGCUGAACUGAAGCAGCUCUCACACACAGAGGAUCACAACCAGUUUCUACACAACUACCCCUCACUGACACCACUCAGUCCGUCUACACACUCAUCCAGCAUCAACAUCCGUCCUCUCAGGUACUUUGAGGCUGUGACAGCAGCUGUGUCAGAGGUCAGAGGUCGACUACAGGACGUCCUGACUGAGUCAGAGACAAACAUCUCACUGACAGUGACUCAAGUGGAUGUUUUACUGCCACAACCAGAGCCCAAGACCAGAGAGGAAUUCUUAAGAUAUUCACAGGAAAUCACACUGGAUCCAAACACAGCAUACAAAUGUCUGUUAUUAUCUGAGGGAAACAGAAAAGUAACAGUAAUGAGAGAAGAACAGUUUUAUUCUGUUCACCCAGACAGAUUCACUUAUUAUUGGCAGGUACUGAGUAGAGAGAGUCUGACUGGACGUUGUUACUGGGAGGUGGAGUGGAGAGGAGGAGUUUAUGUAGCAGUCACAUACAAGAAUAUCAGAAGAGCAGGGAUCUCAGGUGAAUGUGGAUUUGGAUUCAAUGACAAAUCUUGGAGGUUAGAUUGUUAUGAAAACACUUAUAACUUUUAUUACAACAGAAUCAAAACUCCAGUCUCAGGUCCGGUGUCCUCCAGAGUCGGAGUGUACCUGGAUCACAGUGCAGGUGUUCUGUCCUUCUACAGCGUCUCUGACACCAUGACUCUCCUCCACAGAGUCCAGACCACAUUCUCUCAGCCGCUCUGUGCUGGAGUUGGGUUUUAUUAUAAAGGAUCCACAGCUGAGUUCUGUAAACUCAAAUAGACUUGAGUCAUUUAAAGAGCAGUGAGUUAAAUUAUGUGUUUAAACCUUUAACUUAUUUUUUCUCAAAGCUCCUUGUUGUUGUUGUGCUCACUGCUCAUGAUGAUGUUUGGACACUGGAUCAAUAAAAAUAAGAUUGUUAAUGUGAUGAGAGCUGACGACUAAAAUUUGGUUCCACUAGUUUGUGAAGCUGUAAUUGUUUUAAUUUAGCUCAACUGCUAUUUUCGCUUUGCAAUGUUCAGAAUAAUGUUGGGUCAAAAUAUUAUGUUUUUCUCCAAGAUUCAAACAAGACAGUGAGAAAAACAAUGUUCACUCUUUCUGCACCACACAAUACUGUUCUGCCUUUUGUUGAAUUACAUUUGUGGUUGUUUUUAGAUAUAUUUUCAAUUAAUUACAUUAUAAAUAUCACUGCACUUAUUUUAUUUCAUCUAUUCUGUUUUAUUCCAUUUCAUCUAAAUUGUGUUUUUUAUUUCAUAAUUGAUUGAGUGGUUGAUUGAAAUGUUUAUUUCGAAUAUUGAAAUAAAAUGAAAACAAAAACUAUAAAUGAUAAUAAUAAAGCAAAAAUGAUCGUACCAUAGCAGGCAGACAAAAGAAAGAAUAAACAAAAAACACAUACCAAAAUAAUUUAAACAAGAAGAACAAACCAUGAACAUCAAUUUAUUAAAUUUACAUAUUUGAAAAGGAGUGGGGAGAAGGAGAAUUUAUUUAAUCCCACCCCUUAUCCAUAAUUAGUCAUAUUUUAUUGUUUAUAAGAUUGAUAAUAAUUAUAAUUCAUAAUAUAUUAAUCACCACUAAUCUGUAUUUUAUAACAAGAUAUAAAUUAAUUUCAGAAUAUGUAUCUUACGUCUCAUUCUUUUCUCUGAUAUCCACUACAACUCAAUGUUAUUUUAUGUUAUAAUAUAGCUAUAAAAUGUAAUGCAAUAUAUAAAUAACAUGUAAUGUACAAUAUCUGUCAACAGUUUAUAAUGAAGCAUAUGCAUGGAUCUCUACACUUCCUGGUUUCUCUCUGUGGUCUUGUGGAAACUACUUAGAUCUUCCAUGUUGCUGAAAAGUAAUAGAAAAUAAAACCAGUCGUCAAUCAAUCUA